AUGCCGAACAUCAAUGCCAAUAACUUUGAGAUUAAGCCAGCUCUACUCCAAAUGAUUCAAUCAAGCGUGCAGUUUUAUGGCAUGGGCAAUGGAGAUCCUAAUGCUCACAUCGCAAAUUUCUUGGAAAUCUGUGAUACUUUCAAAUACAAUGGAGUUUCAGAUGAUGCUAUUAGGCUGAGGCUUUUCUCUUUCACCUUUAAGGAUAAAGCUAAAUCGUUGUUAAAUUCUCUACCAGCAAAUUCCAUAACCACAUGGACACAACUGACUUUCUACAAUGGAGCCACUCRCACUACUAGAGAUACUAUUGAUGUUGCUACAGGAGGUUCCUUGAUGAGGAAAACUAUAGAUGCUACUUUUGAUCUCUUAGAGGAAAUGGCAGCUAAUAAUUGUUUGUGGCCAGCCGAGCGACUAAAUCCACCUAGACAGGGAGGCAAAUUAGAAGCAGACUCCAUAGCAUCCUUGCAGGCUCAAAUUUCAACCUUAAUCAAGCAAUUGGGCACCAUGAACGUGCARGCCAAYGCCAUCAACAAUUCUAUGCAACCAAUCUGUGGGAAUUUUAUGGAGCAAUGCAACUUUGUGGGGAAUCAAUUCCAAGGAAGGCAGGUCAACAACCCUUACUCCAACACAUAUAACCCAGGGUGGAGAAACCACCCCAAUUUUUCAUGGAGUAGCAAUAACAACAAUGCUGGAAGUUCCAGUUUCCAAAACAACAACAUGCCUAGACAGCAAGGACCACCAGGAUUCCAGCAACAUCCUCAGCAGGAUAGAUCAGGUUCUUUUGAAGCCAAGCUGGAUAAAUUCAUGGACAUGAUGAGUAGCAAGAUGAGCAGCCAGGAUGAGGCCCAGAGAAGGAUGGAAACUAAAUUUGAUCAAAUUGCAAAGAACCGUUCGUCUUCAAUUCACAACUUGGAGGUGCAGAUAGGCCAACUAGCCAAUGCUGUUUUGGCUAGGAACCAAGGUAAUUUACCAAGCAGCACUGAGACUAAUCCAAGGGAGCAACUCAAAGCAAUUUCACUAAGGAGUGGAAAAGUGCUGGAGCCAAAGCAAGAUGUGCAAAGUAAGAGGACAGGUACAAAUGUUGAGAGUCCUUCAUCAACCAAUGCUGAAAUAUAUGAUGAAGAAACCGGUGAUAAGUCAGAGGGGAACCAAGGUGACAAGGAGAAUCACUCUAAUUCCCAGCCUUUACCCUAUGUCACACGAAUCCCUUUUCCUCAAAGACUGAAGAAGCAGGAGACUGAACAACAAUUUUCCAAAUUUUUGGUUAUUUUUAAGAAGCUACAAAUCAAUAUUCCUUUUGCUAAGGCUCUUGCUCAAAUGCCUCAAUAUGCUAAAUUUUUGAAGGAGAUCAUCAAUAAUAAGAGAAGAUGGGAGGAUGAACAAACGGUCUCAUUGAUUGAAAAGUGCAGUUCAAUCAUCACCAGCAAGAUGCCUGCCAAAUUGAAAGACCCAGGGAGAUUUACAAUUUCAUGUGUUGUUGGCAGCAUUGAGUUUCCUAAGUGUUUGUGUGAUUUAGGUGCUAGCAUUAAUUUGAUGCCUUUGUCUAUUUUUAGGAAACUUGGUCUUGGAGAAGUAAAACCUACCUUGAUGAAUUUGCAACUGGUAGAUCAUUCCAUCAAGAAACCUCAUGGCGUGGUUGAGGAUGUACUUGUGAAAGUGGACAAGUUUAUAUUUCCUGUGGACUUUGUUGUGCUCGAUUUUGAGGAGGAUCAUGAUUGCACCUUGAUCCUUGGCAGACCGUUUCUAAACAUAGGGAAAGCUUUGGUUGAUGUGUAUGAAGGAAAGCUGACCCUUUGA